CCCCCUCUGGUGACAGAAAGUCGGCCCAGCAGAUGAGGAAGUGGCCGACAGGCGGCCCUGGGGACUUCUCUCCGGCCCUGAUCCCUCGGAGCCCUCCACUGCUGCCCGCCUGGCUCCCACUGAGUUCUUAGCCAGGAUGGAGGCUGUUGUGAACUUGUACCAGGACCUGAUGAAGCAUGCAGAUCCCCGGAUCCAGAACUACCCUCUGAUGGGGUCCCCGUGGUUAAUAACAUCCAUCCUCCUGACCUACGUGUACUUCGUCUUGUCACUGGGACCUCGAGUCAUGGCUAACCGGAAGCCCUUCCAACUUCGUGGUUUCAUGAUUGUCUACAAUUUCUCACUGGUGAUACUUUCCCUCUACAUUGUCUAUGAGUUCCUGAUGUCUGGUUGGCUGAGCACCUACACCUGGCGCUGUGAUCCUAUAGACUUUUCCAAUAGCCCUGAGGCACUUCGGAUGGUUCGAGUGGCCUGGCUCUUCAUGCUUUCCAAGGUCAUUGAGCUGAUGGACACAGUGAUAUUUAUUCUCCGGAAGAAAGAUGGGCAGGUGACCUUUCUACAUGUCUUCCAUCACUCAGUGCUUCCCUGGAGUUGGUGGUGGGGGAUAAAGAUUGCUCCAGGAGGAAUGGGCUCUUUCCAUGCCAUGAUAAACUCCUCUGUACAUGUUGUCAUGUACCUGUACUAUGGAUUGUCCGCCCUUGGCCCUGUGGCUCAGCCCUACCUUUGGUGGAAAAAACAUAUGACAGCCAUUCAACUGAUCCAGUUUGUCCUGGUCUCACUGCACAUCAGCCAAUACUACUUCAUGCCCAGCUGCAACUACCAGUACCCCAUCAUUAUCCACCUCAUCUGGAUGUAUGGCACCAUCUUCUUCGUGCUGUUCUCCAAUUUCUGGUAUCACUCCUACACCAAGGGAAAGCGGCUGCCCCGUGCAGUUCAGCAAAAUGGAGCUCCAGCUCCCACCAAGGUUAAGGCCAACUGAGAAGCAUGGCCUUAUUGCCCACCUAAGUGCCUCAGGACUGCACCUUGGGCAGCAUCCACCAGUGUCCUCUCCGCCUGCGACCAGGGCUCUGUGGUCAGGACUGAGUAGGAGGACUGGCUCUCCCCUCCCCACAGCUGGUCUACAGGGACCACUGCUCCCAUUCCUUCUCCCAGCCAGCUCCAGAGAUGUGGCCUCACUGCUGUCUGCCACCAGAACUGGAGGCUAAAAGGGCUGAACACUUACUUCCCCCUCCCUGCCUUAAACUUGGGAGAGGAACACUCAGGGCUGGCCCCCACCAGGGUCUUGUGGCCUUUCUCCUCACACUGAAGAGGUCAGCAAUAAUCUGUCACUACGGACUCAGGCUCCCUUCUUCACUCCACACUGAAGCAUGAGCUUCUGGGCCAAAGGUCAGGAUGGGCAGCGGGCCUGGCAAUACAGGCUGUGUACUCACUUGUGUCUUAAUUAAAGUGACAGAGGAAAUCA